AUGGCGUCUGGUGACAAGCAGUUCAAGCAGGACUUGAUUGUCUCUGCCCGCUACAAGAAUGACCUCCCUCCACCACCGAUGCCCCCAAAAUUCCUGGACAUCGACACGGGUGGCAUCGAGAACUACCUCACGACCAGCUAUGCCUCGGGUCUCGUGCGCCGAGAGGAGCCCAACAUUGAGGUCGACGCCGAAGGAGGUAUGCCCAUCGAUAUGAUCGGUGUGCCGGGCUAUUUUCUCGGCGACGAGUCUGCCAUCAUGGCACCUGAGCGACCACCUCUGCUCGAUCCAGCCGACGCCGAGCUCCUGCUCUCAGUCGACCAGAUCAAAGCGCAAAACACGUCGAGAAAUGUUUCCUUCCUCCGCAAGACCCAGAUUCUCUCCACCUCCAACAGCAAAUCCGUCGACCUCUUCACAAAAUCCUCCCGCCCAAGACAACCACUCAAUCGCAAGGAAGAACCGCCAGUCGAUCGCGACGACAAAGAGAACGUCAAGCGCAAUGUGCAAAAGGGCUUCGACCUCGCCUAUCCUGACACCAUCCCCUACAAUCACGAGUCUGUCCGCUCUCUACCUCGAACAGCCGCCGAGCGAGAAGCCUGGGACAAGCCCAAGCAUCCCUCUGGCGCUCGCGACAUCUACCCCGUCGACUUCUACCCCGUCCUCCACGACUUCGAAGCCACAAACGACCAAGGCGGUCUCUGGCAGCGCAUCAAAUUCGACAAGCCUCCACUCCCCGCCGACCACGGCCGCCGCGACGACCGCAUCGACGUCGCGACCUUCCAGACCAUCCCCAACGAAUCCCUCCUACCAGAAUGGAAAGCCAAAAAGGACGCCUUCGACGCAGACCCCGCCAACUAUGACGACCCCGGCCCCGAGCCCAACAUCUGGGUCAUGGCCACCCCAACCUCCCACGACGUCUCCUCCAUUCGCAAACACCUCUACGAUGGUCAUCCGGACCGGGACUCACCUGCCCUCGUGGAACCCUUACUCACCAAAUCUGCCUCCUCUCAAAUGCGCGUCGAGUUCGAGCGCAAACGUGUCUUUCACAGCGUCACUCAGCAACUCGUUGAUCCCCGUCGGUUAUGGGCUAUAGGCUUGUACAAUCCGCAGUCAGACAAGAACAUUAUGCCGCCCACGGCGCAAAAGCUCAAACAAGGCAAAGCCGCCUACGUCUACCCAAUAGCAGACAACGUGCGCUUCAGGGCCGAUCGGAGCAAGAUCAACAAUCCACAUGCCAGUCAGGCAAACCGAGAAGAUGACGAGAACAUCGAGGCCGCGGAUAUGUAUAUGUACCGGCCCCGGGAGCUUGAUCCACGAGAAACAUACGAUCGCGUUCAGCGAAGAGGAGAGUACGACUACGCAUUCAAGGACGAAUAUGCGCAGAUAGAGAGGGAUGCUAUUGCGUUCGAAGAGGCACAAGAAGCGGCACGUAUACAAGAGGAGCAAGGAGCGUUGGAGGGUGGUGAGGCUGAUGUGGAUAUGGUCGAGGUGGAAGCCGCAGAGGACGCGGAGGUGGCAUUGGAUACUAGCAAUGGGACGAGACCGAUGCGGGACGAUGAUGACGGGGAAGAAAGAGUGGUCAAUGGGCAUGGAGACGAUGCACUGAAUGCGGCGGUAGCGGCCAUGGGUGAUAGUGACGAAGAAUUACUGGAUGAUUGA